AUGGCCGAGGGCUUCUACCAGUCUUUGGAUUCUACUCUUGCUUCACACUUUGGACAAUACAGCACAAUGGCGGCGACUCACGGCCACAACCACAACCACUCCCAGACUCACCUGGGGGUUGAUAUUGGCAUCCACAGUCCAGUCACUCCCGGUGAAUCGGAUCUGCUAGCGAGCGAGAUGUCGGGCCUCAGCAUCAACGAGAGAAGCCGACCUCGUCUUCUUCCGGGCUAUCAGACCGACAGACCUCUGACAUCCCCGCGUACAAGUAGUCCUACCGGUUCUGCCCGGAGCGCGUAUACUACCAAGCGUCGCGUCAGCCGUCGUUCGUACAGCAAUGAGUUCCAUUCCAGCUCCGGCUUCAGCUUCAGUUCAGAGGUGUCCAAAGAGCUCACUCUCCAGGCAGAGAGCGAGUUCUCGGCUCUGAUGGAACUCAUGGCUAGCAUGUCGAGGCGAAGCACGUCUCUGCGAGAAGUCUGGAGCAAGAUCAUCACCGAGCGAGAGUCCGUCUACUCUGAGAUGCACCGCAUGACGGAGCGCUACGAGGAGUUGACCGAGGUCAUGGAACGUAAGGAGAGGGAGCAUAGCCACCACAAUCACGAGCAGGAGGGCCGCAAGCAGGAGCUCGUCAAGGUACGCCUGGAGCUCACUGCUGCCAUCAACAACGCUUCCAAGUUCAAGAUGGAACUGGCUGCGCGAGAAAACGAGUGCAAGACCCUCCGGCACGAGAUUGCCGAGUCCAAGGACACCUAUACCUACAUCAAAAAGGAGCACGAGGAGCUGAAGAAGUCUUCGGAGCAGACGAGACUCAUAUUGGUUGCCACGCAAGCUGCCCGUGCCGAUCUUGAAGACCAGUGCGGCAAGCUGCGUGGCGAGCGUGAAGCACUCGACGUUAGGCUCACCGAGCUGACGUCCAAACAUGAAGAGAUCACCACCAAGUUUGAGUCGAACAGCAAGGAGCUCGUGGAUAUUAGGAAGAGCCACUUGAUACUCAAGGAAGAGAAGCAUGAGUGGCUCCACAGGCGGGGCGAACUCGAGGACCACAUCCGCAAGUGCGACCACAAGAACGAUGAGUUGAAGCGCAAGUACAAGGAGAUUGAGGAGCUGUAUGAGAAGAAGAAGUACGAGCUCAAGGAGCAACAGGAGAUUGUCAUCAAGGUCAAAAACGAAAAGGAAGAGGCCAUCACCAAGAUCAAGAGUGAGAAGGAGGAAGCCAUCACUAGGAUCAAGAACGAGAAGGAGGAGAUCAUCAUCAAGAUCAGGAAUGAAAAGGAGGAGCUCGAGCAGCACAUCAUUAGACUCAAGCGCGAGCUUGAAGAGGAGCAUUGCCGAUGGGAAGAGGCCGAGGAUCUCUGUGGCAAGUGGAAGCUCAAGUGGGAGCACUAUGACCGCGAAAUCAUUUCCCUCCGCGAGGAGAUUUCUCGCAUCGAGGUCACGCGAACCGAGCUGCGGGAGACCAUUACAAAGAAGACGGAAGAGUACCGUGCCCUCGUCAUCGAGAAGAAGCGCAUCCAGGAAGAAGGCGAGCGUGCCGUCGGCCGCGCCAACGAGAACCACCGCCAGCUCCUGGUCGUGCAGGAGACGCUCAGCCACACCGAGUCCCUGCUCAAGAAGUCGCAGGAAGAGAUCCACAGCAAGACGGAGCGCAUCGAGCGCUUCGAGUGCGACCUCGGCGACGCGCGGAAGCAGCUCGAGACGCUCCAGAUCGAGAUUGAAAGCCACCAGUCCGUCGCGGCGGUCCUCAAGCUCGAGGUCGAGACGCUCAACGGCAAGUGCGGCGCCCUCAAGGCCAAGUGCCACGAGUGGGAGGUCAAGUACGACGACGCGUACGAGAGCAUCACCGAGAUUGAGGAGGGGAGCUCGAGCUUCGAGUACGAGAUCUCGGCGAUGCGCACCAUGCUCCGCGAGGCGCGGGAGCAAAAGGAGACGGCCAUCACGGCGCGCAACACGGCGGAUCGGGAGCGUGACGAGGCCAUUGCGAGGUUUGAGGAGAAGUGUAGGGCGAUGGAGAGGUUGGAGGAGAGGAUGAGUGCGCAGAUGCACGAGAUGAGUUCGCGAUCUGGCACCAAGACUGUCACGAGUACUACUCGUAAGUCGUCGGGUCACCGGGCGAAUGGCAGUGGUAGCUUCUGCGUUGACGAGUGA